AUGCCUAAGCCGACCGUCCUCAUUGUUGGCACUACGGAUACCAAGCUUGAUGAAAUCAUCUAUCUGCGAGAACAAGUGCGCGCCCAUCAAUCAUGUCAAACCAAGGUCCUUGACAUAGGCCAUACUCCAAGCAAAUCGUCGGCCCUGGGGGCCAUCCCCUCCGAUGAGAUUAUCACGCCUCUUCAUGGCCAUAGCUCCACCUUGAAGUCGUUGCCGCGUGGGGAAUACAUCGACAAGGCCAUUGAGCUAUGUCUGCCCGUUGUCAGAGAGCUUGUGUCCAAGGCCCAAGUACAAGGAAUCGUGUCUGCUGGUGGCAGUAGUGGCUCAUCGCUGGCAACAGCAUUGAUGCGCAAAGCAUGUCCUGUUGGCUUCCCCAAACUAAUGGUAUCCACAAUGGCGAGUGGGAACAUCAAGCACUACGUCGAAGAGACGGACAUCACAAUGAUGUACAGUGUGGUCGACAUUGCCGGCGUCAAUUCGGUGCUUAAGCGUAUCCUGUCAAAUGCGGCCGCGGCAAUUGCUGCCAUGACCUUGUCAUAUGCAAAGUCUCUCGUCGACCCUUCGGAGUCUGAGACCAGAGGCAAGCGAAUUGCCAUCACCAUGUUCGGGAAUACCACACCUUGUGUGGACGAGAUCCGUCGGAUCUUGACGUCCCCUCCGCACGACGUGUCCGAGUUUGAAAUCUAUGUGUUCCAUGCAACCGGCGCAGGCGGCCGGGCUAUGGAACGUCUUAUAGCGGAAGGACAGAUUGAUGCUGUCAUCGACCUGACUACCACCGAAGUUGCAGACGAACUCUUCGAAGGCGUGCUCUCUGCUGGGCCUGAAAGAUUGGAGGCCGCUGCCAAGAAGGGAAUUCCUAUGGUGGUCUCAGUGGGAGCAUGCGAUGAGGUCAACUUUGGUCCCAAGGACACGGUGCCGGAGAAAUAUAAGGACCGCAACCUGUUCAUACACAACCCUGCAGUAACGUUGAUGCGGACGACACCAGAAGAGAACAAAAAGAUUGGCGAGUUCAUUGCUUUGAAACUGAAGAAAUAUGCCGCCGAUCCAAGCGUUGUCCGAGUCAUAUUUCCUCUGGGCGGAGUUAGCAUGCUAGACGCCCCGGACAAGCCGUUCCAUGAUCCCAAGGCGGACACUGCUUUAUUCGAGAGCAUCGAAAAUGGGCUGGAGGACACGGGGAUUGAGAUUGAGAAAUACCAGUUGAAUAUCAACCAUGAACAGUUUGCCAGCCAUGUUGCUGCUGCCAUCUUGGAGGUCAUGGGUAUUGCACCCAGAAGCUACAGGCUGAAAAACUUGCGCAGGAGGAAGUGGUCCUUCGAUCAUGGGGAGUCGGUCAUGUCGGUCAGGAGGAACAGUCAGAUUGAAAUCCCUGACGCGGAGUAA